GAAGAAGGCGCUGUCUUUCCCCACGUACCCUGGGGAGUUUUUGCACCCGGUCGUGUAUGCCUGCACGGCGGUCAUGUUGCUCUGCCUCUUCGCCUCCAUCAUCACCUACAUCGUGCACCACAGUGCGAUCCGCAUCAGUCGGAAAGGAUGGCAUAUGCUCCUCAACUUCUGUUUCCACACGGCUCUGACCUUCGCUGUGUUUGCCGGCGGCAUCAAUCGAAUCAAAUACCCCAUCAUUUGUCAAGCAGUUGGGGUCGUGCUGCACUACUCGUCUUUGUCGACCAUGCUGUGGCUGGGGGUGACAGCCCGGAACAUUUAUAAACAGGUGACAAAGAAGCCGCCGCAGAGCCAAGAUGGUGACCCGCCCCCGCCCCUAAAGCAGCCCCUACUGAGAUUUUAUUUAGUCAGCGGUGGUGUGCCCCUCAUCAUCUGCGGGGUCACGGCAGCCGUCAAUAUAGACAACUAUGGCAGCGGGGAGCAAGCGCCGUACUGCUGGAUGGCGUGGGAGCCCAGUCUGGGGGCCUUCUUCGGUCCCGUGGUUAUCGUCCUGGUCACAUGCAUCUACUUCCUCUGUACCUUCAUCCAGCUGCGACGCCAUCCGAGAAAGUACGAGCUCAAGCAGCUGACGGAGGAGCAGCAGAGGUUAGCCUCCGUCGACGUGCCCACCCACUGCCACCAGGGAGCCGAGCCCGGGGCCCUGACGGCGCCCCCCAGUGGAAGCCAUUGCCCGGCCGGCUGCCCCGGCAUCCCCAUCAACCCCGCGCUGCUGGCCAACGAGCACUCCUUCAAGGCUCAGUUACGCACGGCGGCCUUCACCCUCUUCCUGUUCUUGGCUAUGACUUUCGGGGCUCUGGCGGUGUCGCAGGGCCACUUCCUGGACAUGAUCUUCAGCUGCCUGUACGGUGCCUUCUCCGUCACCCUCGGCCUCUUCAUCCUCAUCCACCACUGCGCCAAGCGGGAUGACGUCUGGCACUGCUGGUGUUCGUGUUGUCCCGGUCGGCGCGCCAACGCCUGCUCCGCGGCCCACGGGCCCGCUCCGGUUCGGCCGAAGGUCAACGUGAACGGCGACACCCCGGGGCAUAGCCAGUGUCACAGCCACUGCCACCAUGACUCACCCUGUCAGAGCAAAGCGCUGAUGAGCUGCAGUCACGGUCACUGUAAACACGCCGCCCUUCCGUCCUCACAAAACCACGUGACGUGUCUGGCGCCGGUGACGCCGUGCUGCGCCGCGCUGCAUAGCCAGCAGCUGAUGGAGGAGGAGCCUGGGGCCACGCACGUGCUGCUUCACGCCGACCCAGAGGGUUACCGGCCGGGGAUCCAGCUGCACCCCUGCCUUAAGAGCAGCACCAGGACUAAAGGCCGUCAUUUCAGCCGCCGGGGUGGCGCCGGUGCUUGUGGAGCCGGAGGCGAGAGGGAGUACGCUUAUCACAUCUCCUCCAGUGGCGACGGAGGCAGCGUGCACAGCUCACACACUGACAGCCCCCACAGCACACAUGAGCGCCACACCCACAUCUGCCCGCAUUUGGCCCACGAAGGCCACCAUGACGGGCAUCACACAUGCCAUGCUGCUACCACGCACGAGGCCCUGGCCUGCCAUAACCCGUGCCACAGGCAUAUCUGCUGCGCUAAGGCAGACCUUUUCCCCUCGCUGUGCCCGGCAGAGGCCGGCGACACGGGCGUCUUCCUGUGCGGCUGCGGCAAAGUGGCUGAGGAGGACCCCAUAGCGACACAUCACCACCUGGAGAUGCACGCCCCGCGCAGACAAUCGUACCCCCAGAAUCCGCCCAAUCAGAACGGGAUUCUAAAAGGGGGCCCUGCAUGA